CUCAUCUUUAAUUAAUCAACCAUAGUCAGUUAGUCAAUUGGCCGGCACGUACGAUGUAUUGGUUCUUAUUCUUCCUACUAGCAGCAAUGGGUGUUUCAUCGCCACCAUAUAAUAAUGGUGUUUUCGAAAUCUAUGACCGCUACUCGAGCGAAGUCGUCGAGGUCUUAGGUAACGGUGGGUUGCCUAGGAAAGGAAGCUCAGAUUACAUCUCCUACUUGGCAGCCAUGGACUCCAGGAGACGUCAAUCUUCUCCAGCCAUCACCUUUUCAUCUGGAGAUGCCACAUCUCAGAUACAAACGUUCUCACAGUCGUUCACUAAUGAUUAUCAUUUUGUAAAAGUUUAUGUGGGAACGCCUCCAAUGCCGUUCAUGGUGGCAUUAGACACUGGGAGCUCAUUGUUUUGGCUCCCAUGCAAUUGCAUCGUCUGUUCAGGCCACGCCACUUUUCCUUCAACACACCUGACCAUGAAUUACCAUCCGAAUAAUUCGUCCACAUAUACAAGUAUUGGUUGUGAUAGUGGAAUAUGUCGGCGGCAAAAUUGUCCUUCAAAUAAGGGAUGCCCCUAUGAGGUCCUAUACUUGGAUGGAUCUUCGACUACAGGGGCGCUAGUAUCCGACGUCAUACACCUUGCAACUUAUGAUAAGCAACCUACAUAUUUUGGAGCAAAUGUUACAUUCGGGUGUGCAUCUGAGGUUAAAGGAUCAUUUCUGCAAUAUUCUGCUUUCAAUGGAUUGUUGGGCCUUGGACCGGGCAAUGGGCCUGAGAAUAUGGAUGUGCUCAGCAUCCUUGCUUCUCAAGGGAUUGUUGGCAAGGGUGUUUUCCCAAAACACGGGAAAAGUCAGCAUGUAGUGCAAAAACACGGGAAAAUUGUAGGGUUUCUAAGAAAACGAAUUUCGGAUGAUGAUGUUCCGAAUAGAUUUAGGGUUACAAGAGAGUAGGUUUAGCAGGCAUUCGGAAAGCAACAUUCCAAAUUUAUUAAUUUAUUUUAUGUAUUUUUUAAGUAUUCGGAACAUGGUUUUCCAAAUAGAGGUUUUUUAAUUUUUUGAUGCACCAUUCGGAUGAUGCACUUCCAAAUCUAACUUUUUUAAUUUUUAUUUUAUCUAUAGAAAUUAAAUUUGAUAUCUAUGAGUAACUAUUUUAAUUAGGGGUGGGAAAAACCGACCCUGGAUUGCCCCGAAUUAUGAUCCCGGGGCGGAUUUUUUCUUUUUAACCGACCCAAAUUUAAAAAAAAAACCCGGAACGAACCUAAAAUUACGGGCUCAUAGACGGACCUUAAAAUAUAACCCCGUCCGGACAAAUAAAAAUCCGAAACAACUAGCUAUAAUAUAAAAUUAAUACUCCGUAUAAUAUAUGAAUAUAAAUUUAUAAAUAUUUCCUAAUAUAUGAUAAUAGUCACGGUGCAUAAAAAAUGAUUUAGCAACUUUUAGUAACUAAAAAUAUGUUCAAUUUGUUUAGCGUAAUGACCAUUAAAUAUAUUUACAUCAACUCUAGUCACAUUUAUCUAUAUAUUUUAUUUCGUAAUAUUAAUUUUCAGGAAACCUAUAUUAUUUAUUUACAUGCAUCUUAAAUAAAAUAUUAAGAUAAUUAUCUUCUUUGGAUUUGAAUUGUUGGUGAUUUUGGAGAC